AAGAGGGCGUAAACAAAUCAAUAUACAGCGACGUUGCGUGUUUGUUAUGUCACGCCUCAAGCCAAUAACCUGUUUCGUCGCGUGUCCCUUUUUCUUUAGGCAUUUUUUCUUACUGCGUGGUGUGCUUUAAUUUGACGUUAGGUCUGUCCUCGAAUACAGUAUAGUAAACUGUCGGAAGGGAGGCGGCAGUUAUACACGUGACGUCACUCUGCUGGAGGAACGCAGAGGUGUCAAAGGGGUUGAUGAGCAGCAGGACUAGGAAGCGCCACUAUUUCGACACAACUAAAAAUUCAGCCGAACUCUUACUAACCUCGCCUACUAAAUUUUUUUUCCUUCCAUCUAAAGGCUUGUUCAAUAUGAUAUUGGUUAAAGUGCUCCUCACGUUUUGCUGCAUUCUCCAUACCUCGGCCUUGUUGCAAAGACCCUUGAACAACUACAUAGGCCAUUAUGAGGGUUUAUCUUACGACACUGAGGCCCUGCACAUGAGGCACCAGAGAGCUAAGCGGGCACUCUCACCUCAAGAUGGUACGCUGCACCUGAACUUCCAUUCACACGGCAGACAUUUCAACCUGCAGAUGAAGAGGGACAGAUCAGUGUUUUCUCCAGAUGUCGUCAUGGAGGUAUCAGGAGAGGAGGAACCAAUUGACACAUCACAUAUCUACAGCGGCAAACUUUUAGGUGAAAAUGGGACAUUGAGCCACGGAUCUGUGAUCAACGGGAGAUUCGAGGGCUUCAUUAAAACGCGGCAAGGAAUAUAUUACAUUGAACCCUCAGAAAGGUACUUGGAGAAGAAUGUCCCCUUUCACUCCAUCAUUUAUCACGAGGAUGACAUAACUUAUCCUCAUAAAUAUGGCUCUGAUGGAGGCUGUGCUGAUCCAUCAGUGUUUGAAAGGAUGAGGAAGUACCAGGCAUCUGCGGUCGAGCCGUCUGUCAAAGGUCCAAAUAGUGAUCAUGUCGACGACAGACACUACGGUCCUGUCAUUUUUAGAAGGAAAAGAGCAGCGGCGGAAGAUAAGAAUACCUGCCAGCUCUUUAUUCAGACUGACCACCUUUUCUACAAAUACUAUGGCACUCGAGAAGCUGUCAUUGCACAGAUCUCCAGCCAUGUUCAGGCAAUGAACUCCAUUUACCAGAUCACAGACUUCAAAGGCAUCCGAAAUAUCGGCUUCAUGGUUAAAAGGAUCAGGAUAAACACCACAAAUGACCAGACAGACAAUCCAUUUCGUUUUCCCAACAUUGGAGUAGAGAAGUUUUUGGAGCUCAACUCUGAACAGAACCACGAUGACUACUGCCUGGCCUACGUCUUCACUGACAGGGACUUUGACGAAGGCGUUCUCGGCCUGGCUUGGGUUGCCUCUCCCGCAGGAAGCUCAGGAGGCAUCUGUGAGAAAAACAGACUCUACUCAGAUGGGAAGAGGAAGUCCUUGAACACUGGCAUUAUCACCGUGCAGAACUACGCCUCGCACGUGCCCCCUAAGGUGUCGCACAUCACCUUCGCCCAUGAGGUCGGACACAGCUUUGGCUCUCCUCAUGACUCUGGGCUCCAGUGCACCCCAGGAGAGUCUUCCAAUCAAGCCCAAAAGGAGAUGGGCAAUUACAUAAUGUAUGCACGAGCCACCUCAGGAGACAAGAUCAACAAUAACAAGUUUUCAAUGUGCAGCAUUGGCAAUAUGAGUGCCGUUCUGGCAGUGAAAAAGAAUGACUGUUUUGUCGUGUCUGGAGAACCUAUCUGUGGUAAUGGACUUGUGGAGGACGGAGAGGAGUGUGACUGCGGCUACAGCGAUCAGUGUACGGACCCAUGUUGCUAUAACGCCAAUGAAGAGGAGGACAAAAGGUGUAAACUCCAACCUGGAAAGAUCUGCAGCCCAAGCCAAGGCCCAUGCUGCACUGAGACGUGCUCUUUUAAGAGCACACUUGAUGCGUGCAGGAAGGAGUCUGAGUGUUCUUUUCAGGGCAUGUGCAGCGGAGCCGGCGCCGACUGUCCUGCUUCGCUACCAAAGGAAAACUUCACCUCUUGCCACGAGGAGACGCAAGUCUGCAUCAAUGGGGUCUGUUCAGGUUCCAUUUGUGAGAAGUACAAUCUAGAAGAAUGCACAUGUGCGAGAGAGAACGAAAAGGAUGAGGCGGCUGAACUCUGUCAUGUGUGCUGCAUGGAAAAAAUGAACCCAAGCACCUGUAGAAGCUCAGGCUCGGAACAAUGGGCCAAGUUCUUCAACAGAAAGAUCACAAAUCUGCAACCCGGCUCACCGUGCAAUGAUUUCAAGGGCUACUGCGAUGUGUUCAUGAGGUGUCGUCUGGUGGAUGCUGACGGGCCUCUGUCAAGGCUUAAGAAAGCCAUCUUCAAUUCAGAAAUCUAUGAGACCAUUGCAGAGUGGAUAGUGCAUCACUGGUGGGCAGUGGUUCUGAUGGGCAUCGUUCUUAUUUUGUUGAUGGCUGGAUUCAUCAAAGUCUGCAGCGUCCACACCCCUAGCAGCAACCCCAAACUGCCUCCUCCAAAGCCACUGCCAGGUACCUUGAGGAGAAGGCAGCACCAUGCCAACCCUGCGCGACGUUAUCGUCCCAGUGGUGAGAACUACCAAAUGGGUCACAUGGGGCCCUGAGAUCUUUGCUCUGAGCCUGCUGCACCCUUCUUGUGCCUACACCGGAAGCAUUUGACUCCCAAAGAGUUCCUGUACCUUUACUGCAAGUCUUUAACAGCAGCUGCCACCGAUUCCACGUCUCUGAAGUGAUGCAGGGCCAAGCAAGAUCACUCGAGACCUCUGUACUGUGAUAGCCAGCAUACCAUAGCCUUACUAUGCUUUUAAUGUGACUUUACCCGAGAGAAAGGAGGGAGGAAGCUUUCCUUUCAACGGCCUCACUUCACGAUCAACUUUCCUUUCAACUGUACUUUUUUGUUCUUCCUCGCUGAGCCCGCAGCAGGACUGCAAGUGAAACUCAGCAUUUUACUCCCCAAUCAACACUGACAUGUCUUAUUCCUGCCAAUCACGCUUUUCAAACAUAUCGCCUUUAUUCUUUACGCAUGACUGUACAUUUUUUUUCUACAGGCCCCUUCAGAAGUAUCUGAACAGUAAGGCCAACUUUAUUUUUGAUCUAGACUGAAAUGUUUGGGUUUGACAUUGACUUGACUGUUUCAGACUUCAUCCCUAUGUAUUUACAUCUGACCCAUUGAAAGUUCCAAAGUGAUGUCACUCAACUUUUGCACUCUUGGAUUGUUUUCCAGGCUUUUCCCACUCCAUGCUCCAAAGCAGGGGUGCCCAACCAUUCUUUUUCCUCUUCGAGAUCUAUUUUUCAACUUCCCAAACUUCCAAGAGUUCAAUGUCGACAGAUUAAACCCACACACCUUUCCACCAUGCAGUAACUAAACUCACAACACGUUUUUUUUUCUCCCCUUGCCUUACAAUCACAAGACAUCAUGGCAACACGUGCUAAAGCUGCAUGAUGAGCACGAGCCAUAACUGACCAAAAAUGAACAAAACAGAAAGAAGAUACAAGACAGGUCGAUCUGAGGUCGUCACUGCCUGUCACUACCCAUCACUGAAAUGAAACUGGAAGGUGGAGCAUUGCCAUCAUAGCUGCCAUUGUUGCGUAUAGCAGCUCAAUCAAAUGAGCUUUGAAUGAGAAUAAACCGAAAACAAUACCUUAACGGCUCUGGUUGCUCGUUGCAAGCAACCGCUGACCGCUGCUUAUCAUGCGUAGAAGGUGACCUAUUUUUUUCAGAAACAAAAUUCAAAAUAAAAAUGUUCCCGAACCUUCCAAAAACUACCUAAAAUAAUGAUCCAAUUCAAAUUUAAUUAAAUGCUAAUGUACUCAAAUGUUGAAAUACAACUGAGUUGUAAUUCUUUAGUGUACUACUGGAGUCCGCGUACCACUAGUGGUUUUAGCAUCACACUUGUAGAAUCACUGUUUUCCCCAUCCAGAUUUAUUUAUAUAAAUACAAUCUUGAGAUGCUCAUCUUGCACUUUUGAUGUUUUAGUCCACAGCAAAAAUUGGCAACCGUGCUCCAAUACUUUGACAGAUGGGUUGGGAGUCUUAGAGAUGAUUGUUUAAAAAGCACAUUUUUAAAUGAACAAAUGAUAACUAUUCAUAGGAAAUUAUGGGCACUUCCUGACUGGUGCUUGGUCCCCAGAGAAGCUUUCGAUACAUACUCCAUGUUGGUCUCGAAUAGCAAAUAAAGAAAGGUUGUGUGUCUGGAAUGUUAGAUGAGCGUUACGGUUGCGGAUUAAAUGUCGACGUGGCUUUGUUUACAUCAAGGUUUUAUUGUGAUAGACGUGAAUGGUGAAAUUUCUUUAUCACCUUUUUUGUGUCCAUUCCUCAGAGGAUUUAUCUCGCAUCCCAGUAGUCGCAAGCAAUUCUAAAUAGAAACCUUCCAUUCAUCCAUCCUUGCUCUGUCUACCCACGUUACACAAAAAUCUGCCGAUGAAAGAGUUUUACGUCUCAUGCUGGAGGAAAAGCACUGAUUUAUGUGCAGACCACAAGCUGGCUUCUGGCAUAGCAAACUACACGUUUUAUUUAGUCCAUUGUUGUGUCACGCACCACUGCAGUUUGUUGUUGUGUGAGGAUUGUUACUGAGCAGUUCAGACAAUGGAAAAGACUCCUUCACUGAAAAGUGCCUUUUUGUUUUCAAUCAAAUGGAUACAAGGAAAAUUGCUAUUUUAUAUUGCUGGGUUGAGGGUUUUUUUGUUUUUUUUUUUGUUUUGUUUUUGGUACUUGUUUUGAAUCCAAUUAUAAGUGAAAAUGUUUGAAGCUUUGUGUGUGUUUGUUCCUACACUGGACUUUUGAGUGAAACAUUCUAAAGUGACAAUUGCAACAUUACCCGCCAAAUGUUCAUGUCCAUUGUGGUUUGUUUGUUGUUUUUUUUUUUUGUAUUAUCAUCUUUCUUUCACAGGUUUUGUUUUUCUUUGUAUUGUCUGAAUUCCCUUUGAACUACUUGAAAUAGAUUAUGGUCUUAUGCUGGCCAUUUUUGUCCACCUCACUUCCAUUUUUUAAAAACCAUUUUAGAUGUGGUAUUGCAAAUGUAAUAAAGCUAUAAAAUUUUCCAA